CCAGGCCUCGGCUGGCUUCGCGGAGAUGUUGCACGUGGGAUACCCUGCAUGGGGUUCCUCGGUAGAGUGACGGUGGGUCUUAGGUGGGGGAACGUUAGCGAAGACGAUGUGGGUCCCGGUGGCGGGGCUUCCUUGCCGGCUGGCGUCCUCAGCCCUGGCCGGCAUCGAUCGACUUUGCGUGUGGAAGACUGGAGCGAUGACGCGUGGACACCCGCCACGCCGUGCUGUGUCGGAAUCUUCGCCGCAGCCUUUGCCUUGUCUUGAGUUCGGGGACUCGGCUCCCUGGGUGUCCAAGCACCGCCUGGAGCCUAAACGUUAUGUAACCAGUCGGAGACUGGCUGAGACCUUGGCACAAAUCCUGCGGAGGAAUCAGAAAGACCCUCGGCAUCUCUUGCUGGAGUGCAAUCCUGGUCCUGGAGUCCUGACUCAGGCCUUACUUGAAACUGGUGCCAAAGUGGUUGCCCUUGAAAGCGACAGAAAUUUCAUUCCCCACUUAGAGUCUUUAGGAAAUAAUCUGAAUGGAAAACUAGAAGUGGUUCACUGUGACUUCUUCAAGUUGGAUCCCAGAAAUUGUGGACUGGUAAAACCUCCCAUUAUGCUUUCACAAGAGCUUUUUCAGAGUUUGGGAAUAAAAGCGCUUCCUUGGUCAGCAGGUAACCCCUUAAAAAUAAUUGGAAUCUUCCCAGUUAAAAAUGAAAGAAAGGUGCUUUGGAAACUUUUAUAUGACCUGUAUUCCUGCACUUCUAUAUAUAGGCAUGGACGAAUAGAACUAAAUAUGUUUAUUAGUGAAAAAGAGUACAAGAAAUUAAUGGCAAAUCCCAGAAAUCCAAGCUCCUAUCAAGUGUUAAGUGUGCUCUGGCAAGUAGCGUGUGAGAUUAAGGUUCUACACAUGGAACCUUGGUCAUCAUUUGAUGUGUAUAUCCAAAAUGGGCAGCUGGAAAUGCCAAAGCGUAAGGAUUCAUUAGAGCUAAUACAACAGAACAUGUAUUUUGUUCAAAUGACUCCUCGUCGAAAUUUAUUUACCGAAAAUUUAACUCCUAUUAACUAUGAUGUAUUUUUUCAUAUGGUGAAGCACUGUUUUGGGAAGCGCAGUGCAAGGCUAAUAGAACAUUUAAAGUCAUUGAGUCCAGUUGAUGCAAUGGAUAUAUUGAUGCAAACAAGAAAGAAUGAAACAGUGAAGAUAACUGAAAUGUAUCCUCAAGACUUUAAACGCCUUUUUGAAACUAUAGAGUGUUCCAAAGAUUAUGGCUAUAAAUGGCUAUAUGAUGACAGCAUGGAAGACACAGUGAUAGGAAACUAGACCGUAAAGACAUUAGCUGGAACAGAUUGUUCAUGUGGAAAUUACAACAUAAGUGAAAAAGAACUGAGUUUGGAAACCUUACGUCCUUCCAACACAAAGAAAGCUAUUGUUUUGCAUAAACGAGGCCCAUCACUCUGAAGCUAAUCCCGCAGGACUGUUGGAUAAAACAGUGACUGCUGUGUUACUUCACAACUGAAUAAAAUGGAAACUUCGGUUAACUGGGUUGGUUCUUCAAUCAGUUGAAUUUGUUUUGUUUUAAAUCUCUCUACUGUAAACAUACUGGUAGUUGGGGAGUAUUGCCAGUUAAGAUAUCGUUUACUUUUAAAAUUUUGGCCCAAUAUUGUUCUUUGGAUAAUUUAAAUAUUCUACUUUUCUGUGUUGUUGCAUUUUACAUCCUCCUGUGUGGAGGAGACGGGAGGAGUUGCGCUUACUGACUUAGAAAACAAAUCAAGUUGAUAUCAGGGGUUUCUUUUACCUCUCAGUUGGAAUGUACUCUCAGGUACUGUAUGAUGAAAUUAUUUUAAUUUUAAUAUAAUUAUUUAAAGUUAAAAUAUUUAAGUCAUAAGAUCUUAGUAGUGAAACUGUCUUGGUUUCUAAGGACUUAAUGAUAAAUUAAGUAGACCCAAAUGUAUUCACUUUUCAUUCUGUCAUGUGUUACCAGUGUACAUUGAAUGAAUAACUUUGUAAGUCACAA